ACUUCUGUUGCAGGCGAAACCCGCACGGGCGGGAGAGCGGCGCGCGGGUCACUAGCGGCACGUGCGGAUCCUCGGCGUGUCGCCGCAGGGUGCGGGUGCCCGCAGAGCCAGAGACCCAGCGAGCCAGCGAGCGACAAAAUUCACGCGUCCGGGACUUGCCAGGGCUCCAAAGCUGAUGCCCGCGGUGGCACCGACUGGAGAAUGGAUUGGGAUCCCGAGAUGCACGUGAAAAUGUGCAAGAAGAUCGCCCAGCUCACCAAGGUGAUUUACGCCCUCAACACCCGCCAGGAUGAAGCGGAGGCCAGCGUGGAGGCUCUGCGGGAAGCCCACCGGGAGGAGCUCCAGAAGGCCGUGGCGGAGACCGAGGCCAGGCUCCUGCGGGAACAGGGCCACGCCGAGGAGGAGGCCCUGCUCCAGCGCAUUCGGGCCCUGGAGAACGCCUUGGAGCUGCAGAAGAGGCUGACCCAGGAGGCGCUGGCUCAGUCGGCCACGUGCAGGCUGGAGACCAAAGAGAGGGAGCUGAGGGUGGAGGCAGAGCACGCCGAGCGGGUCCUCACCCUCUCCAAGGAGAUGCUGGAGCUCAAGGCCGACUAUGAGAAGAGGCUCCGGCACCUGGCGAGCCACGAGACGCCCCAGUGGGGCCAGCUUUCCCAGGAGGGCCCGGAGCCCAAGGGAGAGCCAGGCCACGGCCACGAGAUGCGGGACGUCCUCCUGGAGGUGGAGAGGCUGCGAGCGGAAAACCAGCAGCUGAGCAAGGACUACGCCAGGAAGGCUGAGGAGCUGCAGGCCACCUAUGAGCGGGACACCGAGGCCAUCCGGCAGGCCAUGCAGCAGUCCGUGAGUGAGGCCCUGUGGCAGUGGCAGGAGAAGGAGACGGACCUCCGCAAGAACUUCCAGGUCCAGGAGUCGGCCCUGCAGGCUCAGGUCAGGAAGCUAGAAGGGGAUCUGGAGCACAGGGGCCGCAAGAUAAGUGACCUGAAGAAGUAUGCCCAGAAGCUGAAGGAGAGGACUCAGGACCUAGAUGUGCAGCUCAAGGAGGCUCGGCAGGAGAACUCUGAGUUGAAAAGUACUGCAAAAAAACUCGGGGAGAAGCUGGCCAUUGCCAAAGACAGACUGAUGCUGCAGGAACGUCAUGUAACACCGAAAACCGAUGAAAUGAAGACAGAGCUAGUUGCAGAGAAUGAAGUCCUAGGGAAGGCGAAUGACCUGGAAGGCCGCAGUCUCCAUCCUCAGCAGGACCCGAACUUUCCCAAGGAGUGUCCAUGUACCAAAGGAGGCCCAGAGACACAGACCAAGAAAGAGGCAAGUAUUGAGACGGAAUAUAUGAAGAAGCAAUAUGAAGAAGACCUUCGUAAAAUCAAACAUCAGACAGAAGAGGAGAAGAAACAUCUCAAAGACCAGCUAGUGAAGCGCCUGGAAGACUUGGUAAAGAAGCACGCCAUAGAAAUCAAAUCGGUUCGCUCUUCGGUGGAGGCCGAGAGGAGGAAGCUGCAGAAGGAAGUAGAAGCACAGUUGGAGGAAGUGAAGAAGAAAUCAGAAAAUGAAAUCAAGCAGCUGGAAGAAGAGAAAGCAGCCCUAAAUGUGAAGCUCCAGAAUUCUCUGCUCGAGGUUUUAAGACUGGAAGAAUUUAUCCAACAGAAUAAGGUACAUCCCCGAAGAGGCAAAGAAAGGCCCCAGGAAUUGGACAGCCAGCGCUGUAGUAUUUUAGAGACCCAGGAUCCAUGCUCGAAGCUGAAUAAACCUCAGACCCCACCCAAAGGAGAAGAGUACCAGGAAAAGUUAGCAGCUGAAGAAGGAACCAGCAGUGAUGAAGAAGAAAGGAUCAAAGUGCCCCUCAAGGAAGGAGAUGGUCUGCAACCUCCACUGAGCUCUUUGCUGGAGGAGAAGGCACCCGACAUCCAGCGUCUGCAGGAGGAGUGGCAAAGCCAGAAGGCCAGAUUGCAAGCCCAGGUCUCCCAGAUGCAGCAGGCUCUGGAGCAGUGCGCCAGCAGCUACCGGGAGGACCUGCAGGAGCUCAAGCAACUCUCCGACCACGAAAGGGAGAAGCUGCAGCACGAGCUCCAGGAGACCGUUCAGCAGAACCAGGCCAUGAAAGCCCAGCUCGAGGCCUCCCACCAGCGAGCCUUGCGCAUGCUUGAGAAGGCCAAAAAUCAAGAACUCAAGGCCGCAGAGGAGCGCCUGAAGAAGGAAGCCAGCCACAGCCUGCAGAUCCAGCACCAGGCGCACCGGCUGGAGCUCCAGGCCCUGGAGGAAAAGGCCCGGCAGGAGCUCCAGGGAGAGCGGGAGAGGACGCAGGCUCAGCAGGCUCUCGUGUUAGAGUCCCUGAGGCAGGAGCUGUCGGAGCAGCGGGCCGCCUGCUCUGGGCACCAGAAAGACCUGGAGGUGCUGCAGGCCGAGCUGAGGGCUCUGGGCAGCUUGGGCAAGCCGCAGGCCACCGCCCAGUGUCCAGGGGACAGUGAGGACCACGCCGUCGCUGCAGAGGACGCGGGCGGCCCGGGCCAGGCGGGCUCCCCGAAGGGCGCCGCGGAGCCGGGUCCGAGCGAGGGCUGCGACCCCUGGGAGGAGAACUCGCAGCUCAAGGACGCAGUGCAGCGGCUGCGGGCCGAGGUGGAACAGCAUCAGCAGGAGGCGCUACAGCUCCGCGAGCAGCGCAGGCUGCUGGAGGAGGAUCAGCAAGCCCAACGGGCCCGGGAGGUGGAGAAGCUACGCCAGGAACACCGGAAGGAGAUGCAGGCCAUGGUGGCGGAUUUCAGCAGUGCACAAGCCAGGCUCCAGGCCCGGCUGGCUGCCCUGGAAACUGAACUGAAGGAUUCCGGAGAGAAACCAGGGAAGGGGGUGUCCAGGCCAGAGGACGUUCAGCUCAUAGGCCGCCUGCAGACCCGCCUGAAGGAGAGAGAGGAGAUCAUCAAGCAGCUCAUGGAGGAGAGAAGAUUUCACUGCGCAGCCUUCCCCAGCGCCGUGUCCCAUCGGAACCGGUCUUUCUCUUUCAACCCUCACCCAGGAUACUUGACCCCCUCCAUGAAGAAAAAGAAGCUGGAGGAAGUGCCCAGCCGAGUGGUCAGCGUGCCAAACCUGGCCUCCUACGCAAAGAACUUUCUGAGUGGUGAUCUGAGCUCCAGGAUCAACGCCCCUCCAAUAACGAAGUCACCCAGCUUGGACCCCAGCCCUGGCUGUGGCCAGCCUUACAAACCCACCCAGGCUCUAGAUGUGAAAACUGCCACAAGGACACAAGAUGGUGAAACAGCCCAACCCAAAGAAGUCCAGCAGAAACAGGGCUCUGCCCACCAGGAAUGGUUUACCAAGUAUUUCUCUUUCUAAACUGAGUCUCAGGAUUCCAUCACAAAGAGGACACCUGAAACACAUGUAAAGCAUCUGACUGAAGGAAUGAACUAAAAAACCAAAUUAACUUGCUUGUGACAUGAUUUAUAUAUAAUAGCCAAAACAAAUUUUGGCAUUAAUAUUUCAUACUGUUUCAUUGUGAAACCAGUGCUUAAACAAAAUUCUUGACAUUAAGGUGAAAAACAAAACAACAUAAACCAGUGUUAUCAAAAUGCACCCACAGGAAAUAUUAAUGUUACUGAUGACCCUCACAUUGUAUUUCUAGUGUCCAUAAGAUUUCAUUCCACUUUGUGGAAUAUCAGGCUUUGUGAUUUCCAUGAUCUACUUUAAAAGUGGUUUCACUUGUCCUUAGAAUGCUAGUCAUCUCCACUUGAAAAGUAUUUCUGUGUAAAUGACAGAAUUACAAAAUGCACAUUCAACCUCACUAGGAAGAAUAAAAGUUCGAAAUACUCAUGAAAACCAAUUACAAACACAAAACAAGGCAAAACUAGGAGUGGAUGACAGCAGCCCUUGGCACACUUUGACCGAGUGCUCUGACUUCCUAAGUCCAGGACCUGAAGUAGACGAGAGAGGGGAUAACACCUACCUCAAAAGGGGCUUUUGGAGAAGUAAGCAAAAUAGGAUAGGUAUGAUACCAAUCACGAACUGGAAUUAACCACUGCCAGAAUUUUUCUGUGAAUAACCGAGCCUCACUCUGUCAUAGGACUGUAGUUUCAACUUGGUCACUUGUGAAAGUUUCUAGAGUAUUCUUUGAAGUCAAAGAUCUACUGAGCCCAUAGUCUUUGGGCCUGGGCCCUUUGCCUCAUGGUGCAUUGCUUCCCCAUCACAUGGAUGCUCAGUACUGUAAGGGAAUCGGGACUGGCCAUUCAUGGUGCUGACCCAUGUCAGUCCACACUGAAUAGUCUGACCUUCUGAUGGAGCAGUGUGAUUUGACAAGACUCAAUACAAUUUGGGCGAAAUAUGUUCUCAAUCCUUUGGUGCUGGCCCCACACGUGGCCAUAAACAUUUAUUCUAUGCACUGUCAAAUCUUUGCUCUUUGAAUAAAACUUUAAACUGGGCAAUUAAAAAUGGCUGUGACUUGUAUUGUUUUCCCAAAGAAAGGUGAAAGUAGAUGAAGACAGUUUGGAAAUAAGAAAUUCACAUUAAUCUCAAUCAGGUCAACUUUAAAUGAAAAGUAGCUGCUUACAUAAUUUUGGGAGAAAUGCAAUUACAACUCAAAUUACAACUGACAAUUUAAAGGUAAAAUCACUAUCUUUUUUAAUGUUUUUAAGGUUUAUUUGUUUUGAGAGAGUGAGCACACGUGAGAGGGUAAGGGGCAGACAGAGGGGGAGAGAAUCCCAAGCAGGCUCUGACACACUGUCUCCAGGGCUCAAUCCCACCGACUGUGAGUCAUGACCUGAGCCGAAAUCAAGAGUUGGACACAAAACCAACUGAGCCACCCGGAGGCCCCUAAAGGUAAAAUUCCAUCUCUAAUCAAAACACGUGGCCCCAAUAAGAUAAUUUCUUAAAUGAAAAUACUUGUUACCAUACAUGUAACAUGCCAUGUUAUUUCUCAGUAUCAAUUUUUUUUAGCGAUCUUGUUUCCUGCUUAGGGUGAGCACUGUAGGAUUAUGCUUGCAUUCUGUUUUAAGAACUAAACUAGUUUUGUGUUUUAAAAACUAAACUACGUACAGAUAGUUGUACUGUUUAUCGAAACAUUCUUCCAACACUGCAACUACUGAUGACUAGCAACGUAGGCUGCACUUUAACUCGGCAUGACACCUGCUGCAGGGACAGAAUUUUAUUGAGACUCUACAUCUGUUUGAUUUCUUUCUUGUUGCAGGUGAGUGAAAGAUUCUGUUAAAUUUCUAGAUUCCACACUGCAAUAAUUGUAUCUGUUAACUAAAUCUGAGCAUGCUUCUAUCAUUUAUUUCCUUAGGACACAUUCCUUGGGUAUCUAAGUAAAGCAUCAAAGGAUACAUGCUUAAGCUUUUUGAUAUAAGCAGAAUUAUCAUCCAGAAAGUUUCUCUCAAGGUUCCACCUUCACCACAGUGAAUAAAAUCCUCUCUGUACCCUAGAUAAUACUGACAAAGAAACUCAAUUUGAUAGAUAAAACAUUCUUCUGGUUUUUGGGUAUAUAAUCAGAUUCCAUCAAUCUCUCAAGAGUGAGUGGUCCAGACAUGACAGUGAUGGCUUGGGGAAAACAGUGCAGAUGAAGAGAAAUGAACUGAUUCAGGAUUGAGUCAGGAGGGAGAAACAGCAAGAUUUGGUGAUAAAUCUUGUUAGGCUCUUUUAGGACAGAAGGAGGGGCUAACAUACGGCUGGAGCAAAACCGGAAAGGAAGAUUGCUGUAAAGUGUUUCUUAAUUAGGGUAGAAAAGACUGAACUCGCUCAAGAAAUGGCUGCAUAUUGUGUACCUGAACCCUUAUUAGCUGCUCUAGCAUUGAUGUAACAUCCAACACAGUAGUUGUGAGUGAGGCUACUUGGUCUAUAUUCUCUCCAGGAUCCACCUGGAUUCUGCAAGGGCGACGUUAGGAAAUUAAAUGGAGCUGUGAUAGGGAGCUGUCCCUGCAUUCUUCAGAUUUCUUAGGUAGGGCUAAUCUCCACCAUCACCCCUGGGGAUGCAAUACUAUUUUUGAUCUACUCCCUCCUGCUAGUUCCUCAGCUGUCUCCCCUCACCCUACAGGUGAUAAUCAAAGAUGCCCCAGGCACUCAGAGUGGCUGUUGACUGUUAAGUCCUGUUAGUCAUUAUCCCUCCAUGGGGAGUCAAGACAGUGAGGUGCUAACCAGCCAACUCCACUGUUCUUGUACACAGUAUGCCCCCUUACCUUCCAAUGUUUGGUCCUUGUACUGACAAUGUUCCCUUCCACUGGGACGUCUCCCUGUGGCACCACUGGUGGAAUCUUCAGCAAGUGGGCCACUGGCAACUACACCGCCAUGGGUCUUCCUUGCCAAUUGGGACAGUGCAUGAGCCAGUCCCCAGGCCCCAUCCUACUGCCUGCUCUCAGACCACGUCCACUAACAGCCAUGUCAGUCAGGUCCUCCAGGAGCUAUCUCCCAAGACACAAUCAGAAUUAGAAAACAUUUAUUCGGGAUUUCAAUGGCCCUCAGCCAAGGACCACCAGAAACACAUCUGCAGGGAGCAAGUUAGGUUUAUUACUUGUUGCAAUAGGGAGAAUGCUCAUUGUGGAGAUGGUAGGGCUUCUCAGAAAGUGGGUGUUAGAACCUAUUUCAGAAUUCUGGCUUUGGUGAGUGAUUUCAGACAGCCUAAGGAUGCAAGGGUGCACUCUAGAUUGGAUGCUGUAAACAAGUCGGGGCAAUUCUAUGACUGGGUGUCUGAAAGAAAAUUUUAUUUGUUCGGAGCACAGACUAGAGUGAAGAUAAAGCUGAAAAUAGUUAAAAAAAAAAAAAAAGGCAGUUACUCACUUCAGUCAGAAGAAUGUUUGGUGGGUUAACACUGUGACCUUAUUUUUUCUCUGAGCCUAGACAAAAUGAUGAGGUGCUUUUGUUUUGUCCUACUUUAUCAUGGUCUUGGAGCAACUCUGAGUUGGUAUUCUGAGACUGUUCAUGUCCAACAGGAGAAUAACAUGGCCUAGCUGGAUAAGUGUCCAUAACACAGAUCAGUAUCUGGAUGUCAGGGACAGGUUUUUCUUCCCCUUCUCAGGAAAAACCACCUGUAACAUAAAGGGAAGAGGAAGCCUAAGGCAAGAAGAGCCUUCAGACUAUGGUGCAGGGUGACACCAGUGAAAGGGAGGCCGAGGAAGAUUUGGGCAAAGAAGCUCAGA